UUGAAAUAUUGUAGCGCUAGUGCUGAGCUUCGAAUUAUAAUUAUUAAUUAAAAGGUCAGGUAAUUCGCAAGCACACAGUCAGUAUUUGUAAAGCUGGCAAAGUUGCAUAUUUUUCCACUGUUCUUCUUGAAAAUGAAAAAAACAAGGCUUGCAGACGUUUGUGUCCUCUGCUACUGCACAUCUAGUUAUGGAUAUUUGUGACAAGCUCCCACAAAAGCCAGAGCGACCUCUUGACAGUGACUGCUGUGGUCAAGGAUGUGAUCCCUGUGUACUGGACAUCUAUGAACAGGAACUGGACAUCUGGCACCAGGAAUGUCACAGACUGACAACUGGUCAAACUUGUGAACCACGAGAAUCAUCACUUGAAUUGCCAGCUGGUCCAGUACUUCAUCCAGCAGAAUACCGACCAUUCACUGUUGUGAAGAUUGAGAAAGAGACUGAAUGUUGUAAGAGGUACACAUUUAGUCUGCCUCAUGGUGAAACACUGGGGCUCAGGCCAGGUCAGCAUGUCAUUAUGAGCGCAACUAUUAAUGGUGAAACGGUGACCCGCCAGUAUACUCCUGUCUCAGACAUAGAGCAGAAAUCCUCAUUUGAACUUCUCAUUAAGGUGUAUGAUAAAGGCAAGAUGUCACAAUAUGUUAGAACAUGGUCUGUUGGGACAGAAAUCCAGCUACGUGGGCCAUGUGGAAACUUCAUAUACAAAUCUAACCAGUACAAGAUGAUGUUGAUGGUUGCAGUUGGCACAGGGAUCACUCCCAUGGCUCAGCUUAUACAGGCUAUUCUUAACAACAAAGAUGACGAGACCUUAAUACAGCUCCAUUACGGGUGUCGUACCUACAGGGACAUACUUUUAAAGGCACGGCUAGAUGAGUGGUCCCAAUACUGGAACUUAAGCUGCACUUACUACCUCAGUCAGGAAGCAGUCUGUGAUAACAAAACCUAUCGAUACCGAGACAGUGUUGUACAGGGACGAAUGAAUUCGACUCGCAUUACAUCUGUGAUGAAUCCACAAUCCUCUGACUAUCUUGUACUUGUGUGUGGAACAAAAAACUUUGAAACUGAUAUGCUAAAGCACUUAAAGGUUACCAGGGAUAAAGUGCAUAAAUUUUAGCCAUGUAAUUGUAUUUAUUAUUUAAAGGUAUAUACUCCUUCUGUGAUAAUAAAACUAUUGAUAAUAAGUUCUUUACAAAA